GCCGGGACUCUCUGGCCUGCGCUGAGUGCCUCUUCUGCCCUCGGCCCCACCCGGGUCAUCCCUGAGCAGCCUUGCAGCUGGACCGCACAGAGGGGAGCAUGCCACCCCGGUCCCAGGACACCGUCUGCUUGACUGCUUGUCCCCACCAGCGGUCCCAGUACUGCUGGAAGAUCAGCUACUCUCUCCUCUCCCACAGAGAUAACAAGGCUGGGAAGAGGCAGGAGCUGUGUCGCGUCUUCCUGAUGGCUGUGUACCCCUUACUCUCCAUCCUGGAUGUCUGCUCCAUGGGCAGCGCCAAGGGCAUCACCCGGAAACACCUGUGGCACCUCUUUUCCCUGGACAGGCUCAACAGUUACUUGGAGCGUGACCCCACCCCCUGGGAGCUCACCUACAAGGUGCCCACCCGGCACAGCACAAGCCAGAUCCCCACCAUCUUCACCCCUCUGAAGCUUGACUUCAAUUUUGGGGCAGCACCGAUAGAGGCCCUACCCUCAGUGGUGCUCUUGGCCCUGAAGAACAGCGGAGUGGUUCCCCUGGACUGGGCCUUCCUCUUUCCAAGUGACCAGCAGAUUGACCUGGAGCUGUGGGCACAGCAAGCAGAGUUUGACGCCACCGAGCUUCACCAAAUGCGUGUGCAGGACAACUGCAUAUUCUCCAUCAGCCCCAAGGCUGGGAGCCUGAGUCCUGGACAAGAGCAGGUGGUGGAACUCAAAUACAGCCACGUGUUCGUGGGCACCGAUCGCCUCCCGGUGCUCUUCAAAGUGUCCCAUGGCCGGGAGAUCCUGCUAAAUUUCAUAGGUGUGACAGUGAAGCUGGAGCAAAAGUACGUGCACUUCACCUCCACUAGCCACCAGUUCGUCCCUGUCCCCAUCGGCGACACACUGCCCCCAAGGCAGAUUUAUGAGCUGUAUAAUGGUGGCUCGGUGCCCGUGACAUACGAGAUCCAGACGAACAUCCUGUCGCAGGUUCAGGAAAAAAAUUUCAAUCACCCCAUCUUCAGCUGCCUCAACCCCCAAGGGGAGAUCCAGCCAGGCACAACUGCUCAGGUCUUGUGGAUCUUCUCACCUAUUGAGGCCAAGACCUACACCGUGGAUGUGCCCAUACACGUCCUGGGAUGGAACUCAGCCAUGAUCCGCUUCCAGGGAGUGGGCUAUGACCCCCAUGUCAUGGGAGACACAGCCCCAUUCCACAACAUCUCCUCUUGGCAUGACAACCCCAAGCAUACUAGGCUGAUGGUUCCUGGACAGAAUGUCUUCCUGUCCCAGUCCCAUAUCUCGCUGGGGAACAUUCCUGUGCAGACUAAGUGCAGCCGCCUGCUGUUCCUCAACAACAUCUCCAAGAACGAGCCAGUUGUCUUUGAGUGGCAGCUGAAGCCUCUAGACUUUGGGGAGGUGUCUGUGAGUCCCAUGACAGGGAAGGUGGCUCCUGAAGAAACAGUCCCAUUUGUGGUGACCUUGAAGACCUCAGUGCAUGCCAGCUUCUACAGCAUAGACCUGGUAUGCAAGGUAUACCGACAGAAACUCCUGAAUCAGUACCAUAAGGAACUACAGGAGUGGAAGGAUGAGGAAGUUCGACAGGAGGUGGAGUUCACCAUCACAGAUAGGAAAGGGAAGGGAGGAGCAUAUUGUAGAGCUUGUGCACCUAGGAGGAGGUACAGGACACUGCCCCCCAUCAAGAAUCAGCAGCCUCUCAACCGGCCUGUCAGCUGGAACCUUAAGAUCCCAAAGAAGAAGAUAUUCUGGCUCUGUCCCCAGCCACCCUUGCCAGACAUGCUGUGCUUGGGCCUCACGGCCCGUGCUCAUGCCACUGACUACUUCCUGGCCAACUUCUUCUCCGACUUUCCCCAGCACUUCCUGCACCGGGAGCUGCCAAAGAGGAAAUACCCCAAGGAGGAGUUGGAGGCUUCUGAGGGAGAAUCCCCAGACAAUUGGGCACCUGUCUCCAAGCAGGAGAAGCAGCUCCUGAUUGACUGUCUCACCGCCAUCAUCAGGGGUCUGCUAGAAGACAAGGUCUUCCAUGAGGCCGUGAACCAAAGCCUGGUGGAGAAGAUGCCUUACUUCUGCCAGUUCUGGAAUGAGCAGUCAGCCAAGUUCACAGCCCAGAACAACACCCUGCAGUUAGCACCAGUCCUGUCUCCAUCCGCCAGCAGCUGGGAGGGCAGCAGAGACAAGGAGUCUGAGGACGACAAACUGAGGCUGGAGAAGAAAAUGGGGGAAGCGGAGGAGAAGAGCGAAGAGGAAGAGGAGGAGCUGGAGGAGGAAGAGGAGGAAGAGGAGGAGAUGGAAGAGGAGGAGCAGGAGGAGGAGGAGCGGGGGGAGAAGGAAGAGAAGGUGCCCUGGACGGGGACUGAGCCCACACUGCAGCCCACGGCCCAGGAGUCCCUGAAAUGUCAGUGGCAGCAGCAGCUGAAGGUCAUGGUGAAAGAGGAGCAAGAACAGGAUGAGAAGGAGACCACCAGCCGGCUCCCGGCGUUCGCCAACCUGCAGGAGGCGCUGCUGGAGAACAUGAUCCAGAACAUCCUGGUGGAGGCGAGCCGCGGGGAGGUGGUUCUCACCUCGCGGCCGCGCGUCAUCGCCCUGCCGCCGCUCAGCGUUUCCAGGAUUGAGACUCCCGACUUGCUUUCGGCGGCGCCCCUCGGGCCGCAGCAUGCCGAGGUGCCCUGCCUGGUGGCGCGGCCCCCUACCGACUCUUUGAGGAUGCCACAGUCCAGCCCCUCCGACUUGCUGCCCUCAGGGCCCCCCUCUCCACCGCCCCACCACUAA